AUGCUAGGGUUUGUGUGUCCUUUCUGUCACGAAGAACUUGGGCUACCACUGCCUUAUAAAGUGGAUCGAGCGCUGAAUCUGAUCAAAGCCAAAGACCGAGAAUUUGCUAAUCAAUCUGCGAUUGCAGCGGGGGAAUCGGUCAACAACGCUUCGUUCCGUGCACGCCAUAUCCAAUACAAAAGACCCGUGGAUGAUCGAGAAGAAGAGAGGUUUUGUCGAUUGCAUCGGAUCGAGUUGAAGAUAAAGCCACAGGGUCGACGGAAAGGUUACCCACUGCAUAUCGCCUUUGAAGAUUUGGAAGAACGUAUCCAAGGAUUCCGUCAAGAGCUCAUGGAUGUCAUCGCAGGUCGAGUCCACAGCUCUUAUCGCGAAACCGCCCUCAAAGCUUACAAAGACCUUGGCACCAAUAAAGCACGCAGUGUCAUGGGUGUCAUGGCAAGAUUUGAAACGACCUUGCCUGGGUAUUACGGAUCAAAAGGAGCGGCCAUCAUAUUGGAUAUUCUGAAUUCCAUGUUUCUGCAAACCGGAUUACUGGGGAAAGAACAAACCUCACCGCAGCUGCCCAUGGAAUAUCUGCAACAGGUGCUCGUCCCUGAGGUCGGCUAUCGACUCAUUCGCCAAGAUAUUAUUAACCAUUCGAAGCAUACCCCUCAAGAUUUGACAUCCGAUGAAACCGAAAUGAGCUUAGCCGAACGCGCCAAGAUCAUCAUGAGCGAAAGUUCCGAAUUUGGCAGUCUCAUCCAUCCCGGAGCCGACGAUCAAGAUGAAGUGCUUGAUAUCUCGGAUGAUUCACAAAACGAGGAGAAAGAUACAAACAAUAUUGCCAAUCAUUCCGAUGAUGGUUCCCUUGAUCCUAAUGCGUCUGACCGUUCUGACGAUCCUGACCAUGAAAGUCAAACUGUCAUUUCUUGCAGUGAAGACGAAGAAAAAGAUUCAGAGGACGACAGCACCAACGAUGAACGUACAGAGGAUGAUAACGCGUCCCCAAGCGAAUUAGACAGACUUGAGAACAUUCCUACUGUCGCACCGCCGCCAAACAAAAAACCAUCGGUGCUUAUCAUAUCCGACAGUUCAUCCGACGACGAGCCCUGA